AUGUCCUGGUACUCGAAGAUCUACGUAUGGGUCCGUGAAUUCCGAAAGCGACGGCCAAUCAGGGGAUGGCUGCUGACAAAAUUGCUGAAUGUGAUGCUCGUCUGCCAAUUCAUCAUGGCCGGCUACAUCCAAGUGAUGUACUGUUGGGCCGUUUGCUAUCGAAUGUUGGACAACAAGAUUCAG